AAUACUAGGUACAUAAAAGACGAAUUAAUGUUAAUGUUAGGUUGAUACCAAGACUAAAUAAUAUUUGAAAAUGAGUAUGCUAUUUAAUUGUGGGAUAUGUUGUAUGCUUUUAAGUAUUUGGGCUGUGGUGCAACUGGUCGUCAUGGGAAUUUUCUUUAAAAUGGAGGUGGUUGCUUUUAUUGAAGAAGCCGAGCCUGAUCAUCAUGGCUAUGAAGAUUUUGAAGACUUUAUGAAGCAAACAGAACAAAAUUAUAGUCUAAUUGCUAUGAACUGUUGGAUAGGCGCAGCAAUAUACUUAUUCAUGAUUGGAGUGUCCUAUUUAUGUAUAGUCAAAGCGAGGGCCAAGGACAAAGCUGCUGCUGAGAAUUCACAAGAUGACGAGGCAUUUUGCCGAGAUCUUGCAAAAUCUAAGAAGUCCUAACUAUUUUACGUACCUACAGUAUUAUUUUCAGUAAGCAAUAAAGUUCAUUACCUCGAUUAUUUAUUUGUGUAAUUAAUGUAACGUAAUAUUUUUUAAAGUUAUGAACCAGCAAGGAAGAGUAGUACAAUAGGAAUAUGGAAAAUUAAAAAUUUUGAAUCUGUGAAAUAUCAUAUAUUACAGUUCUUUAC